AUGGCGCGCCACAACAAGCGAAAGCGUGAGGAUGAGGAUUCUGACCCGGUCGCUGAUACUAAUGGAACUGGUUUCGGUGUUGCAGAGACCCUUUCUCGCUUGAAUCGUCCCUUGACUCCCAAGUCCGAUGAGACAGCCACCAACACCUCUCAAAGCACCAAGGAUGGACAGAAGCCGAGUACCAAGAGGAAACGCGUGGACGGAGAAAAGACCAAAUACCCGGACCUGACUUAUGUGGAGGGAACCCUGCAGUCCUCGAUCAGAAUUGCCGACUUACAAGGCUUGCUACUCUAUUGCUUUGCAGACGGGGUCGCACCGCAAUGGAUUUCGAUCAAGCACUCUGGACAUAUGCGGAAGGUGGUUGUCCUGAUGGUCCCUGGGCUAGAGAUUGGCAUGUUUGACGGCACACUGCCAUUGGAUUCACAGCAAGAGGACAAGGAGAAGGACACUGCCAUUCAGCCCGAAGUGACAGAAGAGACGGCGGACGACAGAAAGAAUGCCGACUUUGAGCGAUGGAAGCAAGGCCUCCCUCUCAAGGAUCGCUCAGGCCAGUUUAAUCCACGAGUUCUUGAUCCAGAGACCUUGCCUGAGCCCCUGCGUCCCUUGGCCAACAUGUUCCCUCACAUCUGGCCUGUCAAAGCCCCCGGUGAUCCCAAGUACAAUAAGGUGCAUUCACCUCUUCAGGCCAUUCUAUUAUCAUCACUACCGAAGUCGAAGGAGAGCGGCGGCAACGGAAAGGGCGCGCGGCCCGCCAAAGUCGAUAAGGCCUUCGUGCCAAAGCGGACACCGAUUACGACCUUCCUGAGCACGGCAGAGGACCUGCGUGAGAACGAGUACACUCUUCAUCCGGCAUUUUUCACCUCAGACGAAGACAAAGCCUCUCAACUGGAAAUCCGUCAUCGGGCAGAGCAAUCUACGGAAAACGGCUGGGUUGAUACAGAUGUUUCCACCCUCGAGUCGGGGGAGGUACCUGACGCCGAGGUCGAGCAAGGCAGCAUGACUGCGGGCCGGAAAGUUCUGUCCCUCGACUGUGAGAUGUGUUUGACCGAAGGUGGUCAUUCCGAACUCACUCGCAUCAGUAUGGUUGGAUGGGAUGGCGAGGUAGUCCUCGACGAGCUGGUCAGACCUACCAACCCGAUCAUUGACUACCUCACUCGCUACUCUGGCAUCACGAAGGAGAUGCUUGAUCCAGUUACGACUACACUGGCCGACAUUCAGAAACGGCUCUUGACUAUUUUGACCCCUCGCACUAUCCUCGUGGGACACUCCCUCAACUCCGAUCUGACAGCACUGAAAAUCACACAUCCAUUCAUCGUCGACACUGCUCACAUCUACCCCCACCCGCGUGGCCCGCCAUUGAAGUGCAGUCUCAAGUGGCUCACUCAGAAAUACUUGAACAAGGAGAUUCAGAAGGGAACGACUGGCCAUGAUUCUGUCGAAGAUGCACGGGCCGUGCUUGAGCUUGUCAAACUGAAGUGUGAAAAAGGCGAGCUUUGGGGCACAAGUGAAGCCUCGAACGAAAGUAUCUUUCGUCGCCUAGCCCGGUCCACCAAGAACGGAAAGCCCACCACUCCUGGUGAGGGACGGACGGGCGCUGUCGUGGACUGGGGAAACCCAGAGCGUGGAUUCGGCUCACAGGCAGCCGUUUCGAUUGGAUGCCUCGAUGACGACGACGUGGUCAAGGGGAUUGCCUCCGCCGUCAAGGGCGAUGAGUCCAACACAACCAUUCCAGGCGGCGGUGUUGAUUUCACCUGGGCACGCCUUCGUAACCUUGAAAUGACUCGGGGCUGGUGCACGCGUAUGCCGGACGCCAACAACGCCAACGAAUCCACGACACUCAUCCCUCCUCCCGAAGAAACGACUCCGACCACCGGUCCCACCGCUCCGGCGGACACCAAGAGUCUCGCUGAGACAGUCACCCGCACUGUCACAGAUAUCUCCCGUAUCUACGAGUCUCUGCCACCCUGCACGCUCUUCGUCGUGUACUCUGGCACCGGCGACCCACGUGAGGUCAGCCGGCUGCAAAAUAUGCAUCGCCAGUACCGUCAAGAGUUCAACGCGCGCAAGUCGUGGAAUGAGUUGAGUGUAAAGUGGACGGAUACUGAAGAGCAGGCGUUGAAGCGGGCUUGUGAGCGGGCACGCGAAGGAUGUGGCUUCAUGUGUGUUAAAUAG